GUUUUGCCUUUAGUUAACGCAAAAUUCAGAAAUUCAUUUCAUCCUCUUCGUCAUCUUCACUUCUCUGAACUUCAGCAGAUGGCUAAUGUCUCCGUUGCCGCCGAAUGGCAGCUCCUCUACAACCGCUACUACAGAAAACCCGAGCUCUACCCUAUGAAAUGGAAACACGUCGACUUGUCCAUCAACAAGGUGGCCUGCGCCCCCUUUGGUGGACCAGUCGCCGUGAUCCGAGACGAUUCCAAGAUCGUACAGCUCUACGCCGAAUCGGCCCUUCGGAAGCUCCGCAUCUUUAGCUCCUCCGGCGUCCUCAUCUCCGAAACUGUCUGGAAGCACCCCGGAGGCCGCCUGGUUGGUUUGUCGUGGACCGAUGACCAAACCCUAGUCUGCAUCGUCCAAGACGGCACCGUUUUUCGCUACAAUAUCCACGCGGAGCUUAUAGAGCCAAAUGUGUCUCUGGGCAAAGAAUGCUUCGAGCAAAACGUUGUGGAAUGUGUGUUUUGGGCCAACGGUGUUGUUUGCCUAACGGAGGUCGGGUCUAUGUUUUGCAUUCCGGAUUUCAAGGUAAUGCGGCCGUGUAAGCUGGCAGACACUGGAGCAGAGGAUUUGCCGCAUUCUACGGCAGUGAUCGAACCCCAAUACACGGUUUCGGGGAAUGUGGAGGUGUUGGUUGCGGUAGGGGAUGGAAUUUUGAUUGUGGAUGAAGAUGGGGUGCAGCAGGUGGAGGGGAAUCUGGUGGAGGGUCCAGUUCAGAAGAUGGUGAUUUCGUGGGACGGGAAGUAUUUGGCCCUUUUCACGCACGAUGGCAGGAUUUUGGUCACGGAUAUUAACUUCAAGGGAGUACUCUUGGAGUACAGUUGCGAGUCAGCCCUUCCUCCAGAGCAGCUAUCUUGGUGUGGAUUAGAUAGCGUACUGUUGUAUUGGGAUGAUAUGCUAUUAAUGGUGGGCCCCCAUGGAGAUCCAGUACGCUACUUUUAUGAUGAGCCCGUAGUUCUUAUCCCAGAAUGUGAUGCAGUGAGGAUUUUAACUAACUCAAGCAUGGAAUUUCUGCAAAGGGUUCCGGACUCCACUGUUUCUAUCUUUAAAAUUGGAAGCACAUCACCUGCUGCUUUGCUGUAUGAUGCCUUGGAUCAUUUUGACAGGCAAAGUGCCAAGGCAGAUGAGAAUUUGAGAUUAAUUCGCUUAUCCUUGCCUGAGGCUGUUGAAUUCUGUAUUGAUGCUGCUGGACAUGAAUUUGAUGUCUCACGUCAAAGGACACUCCUAAGAGCUGCAAGCUAUGGUCAAGCUUUUUGCAGCAAUUUUCAGCGUGAUCGUAUUCAGGAGAUAUGUAAAACUCUGCGGGUCUUAAAUGCUGUGCGGGAUCCUGAGAUUGGCAUCCCUCUUAGCAUUAAACAGUAUAAGUUGCUUACGCCAGCUGUUUUGAUCUCACGUUUGAUUAAUGCUCAUCGUCAUCUUCUUGCAUUAGAGAUAUCAAAGCAUCUUGGAAUGAGUCAAGAGGUGGUCAUAAUGCACUGGGCAUGUUCAAAAAUAACUGCUUCAUUAGCAAUUCAAGAUGCCAGUCUCCUAGAAAUUUUACUUGAGAAGCUGAAAAAGUGCAAAGGCAUAUCUUAUGCAGCAGUAGCUGCUCAUGCAGAUAAGAGUGGUCGUAGGAAAUUAGCUGCUAUGCUUAUUGAACAUGAGCCACGUUCCUCUAAACAGGUUCCUCUCUUGUUAAGCAUAGCUGAGGAAGAUACAGCUUUGGUGAAAGCCACAGAAAGUGGUGACCCUGACCUGGUCUACCUUGUGCUCUUCCAUAUCUGGCAGAAGAGGCCAGCCUUGGAAUUUUUUGGAAUGAUUCAAGCUAGACCACUGGCACGUGAUUUAUUUAUAUCUUUUGCACGGUGUUAUAAACAUGAAUUUUUGAAGGACUUCUUCCUCUCUACUGGAGAGCUUCAAGAGGUGGGAUUUCUUUUAUGGAAAGAAUCAUGGGAAAUUGAAAAAAACCCAAUGGCAAGUAAAGGAACUCCUCUUCAUGGUCCACGCAUAAAACUAAUUGAAAAGGCCCAGCAACUUUUUGCAGAAACUAAGGAACAUACGUUCGAGUCCAAGGCUGCAGAAGAGCAUGCUAAAUUAUUGAGAAUACAACAUGACCUAGAAGUAAGCACAAAGCAGGCCAUCUUUGUUGAUUCAAGUAUCAGUGAUACCAUACGUACAUGCAUUGUUUUGGGGAAUCACCGAGCUGCAAUGAAGGUGAAGACUGAAUUCAAGGUGUCUGAGAAGAGAUGGUAUUGGCUUAAAGUUUUUGCUUUGGCUACAAUCAGAGAUUGGGAUGCUCUAGAAAAGUUCUCCAAGGAGAAACGACCACCAAUUGGUUAUAGGCCAUUUGUGGAGGCCUGUAUUGAUGCAGAUGAGAAAGCUGAAGCUCUAAAAUACAUCCCAAAGCUUGCUGAUCCUCGAGAAAGGGCUGAGGCAUUUGCUCGUAUUGGAAUGGCCAAGGAAGCUGCUGAUGCUGCUUCCCAAGCCAAAGAUGGUGAAUUGCUUGGUCGAUUGAAACUGACAUUUGCACAAAAUGCAGCAGCUUCGUCACUUUUUGAUACCCUUCGAGAUAGAUUGUCUUUCCAAGGUGUUUCUUAAUUCUCUAUCUGUUUGUUCUUAUUAUUGGUUCCCCCAACUCCCAAAGACGUAUUUUUUUCUCUUGUAUUAUGCUGGUUUGUCGUUCUGCAAAGGAAAGAGAUAAGAUGUUGGUGGCUGUGCCCCGAGUGUAUAGGUCGAUGGAUUUUCUUCUUGGUGGACUACUUGUACUGAUGUAAUGCCAGGAAAUUAUUUUAUAGUGGUGUCAAACUUUUGUCCAUAUCAAUUCUCAGUUUUUGGUUUAUCUCGGUAUGGGCUAUGUAACGAACCGGUGAUGGCUCGAAUGCUUCAUCUGUACCUAGGAUUUGAACUUAAGGAGGCCUCCAAAUUGCAAGGUCUCUAUGUUAAACCACUGGAACCAUUUCUUGAAAAUUCCUGAGGUGGCUCGGGCAUGGCAAAAUUGAAUGUGGGGUGUGUCACUUGCUUUGUAGAAAGCAGGAUUUUUCGAAAGUACCCUCUUCUUUUGAGCACUCGACUUCCAUUGGGAUGGCUGUAAGAUUGUUCAUUGUAAAGUUGAGUUUGUGCUUUUAGAUGUAAGAGGGAGGAAUGCUUUCUUGUAAAUUGGGUUAUUAAUCUACUUUGGACAAUUCCCAGGGCUCUAAAACAUCAGCAUAAACUAGAAGCUUUAGA